AUGCACGGAAUAGACCCUGCAUUCAUGUCCUAUCAAUUGGCCAUUGACCCUGCCUUCAAGCUGGUUGCGCAGCGAUGUCGUAAGAUGUCACCCGACCGAGCAGCCGAGGUCAAAAGCCAAGUCCAAGGACUACUGGAUACCGGGUUCAUCAGAGAAUUAACUUAUUCCACUUGGUUGUCGAAUAUGGUGAUGGUGAAAAAGUCUAAUGAGAAGUGGCGAAUGUGUGUAGAUUACAUCGAUUUAAAUAUAGCCUGCCUAAAAGACUGCUUCCUUUUACCCAACAUAGAUAAUAUGAUUAACUCCUCCUCGGGAUAUCAGGUUCUAAGCUUCUUGCAUGCUUAUAGUGGGGCAACAUACCAAAGGCUAAUUGCAAAGGUUUUUAAUCAACAGAUUGGGAGAAACAUGGAAAUAUACAUUGAUGAUAUGCUGAUCAAAACUAAUGAAGAUUCUGACCUAAUCAAGGACCUCAAAGAAGUAGGCAUAGAGGCCAAUCCUGAGAAGUGUCAGCCAAUCUUGGACAUGUCAAGUCCUUGGAACCUCAAAGAGGUCCAAAGGCUGACAGCCAUUAAGGCUCAAGCGAUGGUUGACUUUCUAGCUGAGACGACACACCCUAAUUUCGACAUACCGGUAUGGGAACUUCACGUAGAUGGAGCUUCCAAUGUUCGGUGUGGGGGGAGCAGGCCUCAUCUUAACCAAAGGGGAAGACGUGGUGAUUGA